AAGCAUCAUUGCAGCAAAUGUUGCAACAAAUUGUUGCAACGCAACAACAGUUGCAACAACAAUUGUUGCAACUGCAACAGCAGCAGCAGCAACAAGUGUUGCAACAACAGCACCAGAACAGCAGCUUCAACAACAGCAGCAUAAACUGCAGCACCAACAACAGCAGCAGCACUACCAACAGCAGCAGCAGCAGAACAAUGUGACGAAAAAGGAGCUGGGUGCAGCAGGGCCCGCUGGUACCUCCAGCGAGGCGGUCGAGGCAGUGCCAGCGGGCCAUAUAGAAGAGGAGGGCCGCGGGGAAGAGGAGGGCCGCCAGGAAAAGGAGGGCCGCCAGGAAGAGCAGUUCAAAGGGCAACAAUUAUUCA